GGUCUAAGGCUGGGGGCCGGCGGCGGCGGCAGCCGGGAGCUGGGAAGCCGAGAAGCCGGGAGCGCGGGGCUCAGUCGGGGGGCGGCGGCGGCGGCGGCUCCGGGGAUGGCGGCGGCUCCGCUGCUGCUGCUGCUGCUGCUCGUGCCCGUGCCGCUGCUGCCGCUGCUGGCCCAGGGGCCUGGGGGAGCGCUGGGAAACCGACAUGCGGUAUACUGGAACAGCUCCAACCAGCACCUGCGGCGAGAGGGCUACACCGUGCAGGUGAACGUGAACGACUAUCUGGACAUUUACUGCCCGCACUACAACGGCUCCGGGGUGGGCCCCGGCGCGGAGCAAUACGUGCUGUACAUGGUCAGCCGCGGGGGCUACCGCACCUGCAAUGCCAGCGGGGGCUUCAAGCGCUGGGAGUGCAACCGGCCGCACUCCCCGCACAGCCCCAUCAAGUUCUCGGAGAAGUUCCAGCGCUACAGCGCCUUCUCGCUGGGCUACGAGUUCCAUGCCGGCCACGAGUACUACUACAUCUCCGCGCCCGCACACGGACCGCACCGGCAGUGUCUGCGGAUGAAGGUGUUCGUGUGCUGCGCCUCCACACCGCACUCCGGGGAGCAGCCGGUCCCCACCCUCCCCCAGCUCACCAUGGGCCCCCACGUGAAGAUCAACGUGUUGGAAGACUUUGAGGGCGAGAACCCCCAGGUGCCCAAGCUUGAGAAGAGCAUCAGCGGGACGAGCCCCAAACGAGAACACCUGCCCCUGGCCGUGGGCAUUGCCUUCUUCCUCAUGACGCUCCUGACCUCCUAGCUCUGCCCUUCGGUUGGCAGAGAGAGAUGGGAUGGGGCUGGGAAAGAGCAGGGAGCCUUUGGCCUCUUGUGGGAAGCCUAACAGUGGGGCCGAGACCCCUACUGCCAUGGCUGGAAGUGGGGGUCUGUAACGUACUACAUCUGUACCUGCUCCCUCUGCCCCCCCACCCAGGUAGGGAGGGCACUGUAGUGGAACCAAGCGCAGGGACAGCCAUGGGCCCCAGGUGGCCUUGUGGCUCUGGUAGUGUUUGGUACCAAACUUGGGGGCCAUACAGGGCAGUGUUCAGGACUCCCUGCCCUCAGGUACCUUUCCCUGACUCCUGGUGCCCUCCCUCUUUGUUCCCCCAGAGAGACAAAUAAUGCCUCCAGAGAGAGCAAAUCAAAACAGGGGAGACAGCCCCCGUUGCUCUCCUCCAGGGGCAGAACAUGGGGAGAGGACUACAUGGGCUAGAGGGUAGCACCAUCUGCUGCCCCCUUCCUCUGUUUACAGCAAUAAGCAUGUCCUCCUCCCCCACUCCCACUUCCAGGAUUGUGGUUUGGGUCUAAUCCAAGUUUACAAGUAGACACCCCUGGGAUGCGGACAUGAACAAAGAUGGCAAGAGGUGGGCAUUGGGGUGCCAGGAAGGCAUGUACAGACUCUAUAUCUCUAUAUAUAAUGUACAGACGGACAGAUCCCUCUCCCUCCUUAACCCCCCUGUCCUUUCUCAACUUCUCCUUCCAGCUUCAGACCCCUUCCCCACCAGGCUAGGCCCCCUACACCCGGGGGACCCCCUGGCCCCUCUUUUGUCUUCUGUGAAGACAGGACCUAUGCAACGCACAGACACUUUUGGAGACCGUGAGACAACAAUGCCCCUUCCCUUCCAGCCCUGAGCCGGGAACCAUCUCCCAGGACCUUAUCCUGCUCACCCUAUGUAGUCCCCACCCAUCUUCCUGGGCCUUUUUCAAGUGCUUUGGCUGUGACUUUCAUACUCUGCUCUUAGUCUAAAAAAAAUAAACUGGAGAUAAAAAUAA